AUGCCAGGGCUGGAAUAUGCACACAUCUGGAUCUCCAUCCCCAUCGGCAGCAUGUAUCUUUUUGCUAUCCUGGGAAACUGCAUCCUUUUCGUCAUCAAGACAGAGCCCUCUUUACAUGAGCCCAUGUACUACUUCCUUUCCAUGUUGGCCAUGUCUGACAUGGGCUUGUCCUGCUCUUCUCUACCCACCAUGGGGAGGAUCUUCUUAUUCAAUGCCCCUGAAAUUUCUGCCAGUGCCUGCUUUGCCCAGGAAUUCUUCAUCCAUGGAUUCACAGCAGUGGAAUCCUCAGUGCUCCUGAUCAUGUCAUUUGACCGCUUCCUAGCCAUCCACAGCCCUCUGAGAUACAGCUCCAUUCUGACUUCUGUCAGAGUUGCCAAAAUAGGGAUAGUAUUAUUCCUUAAGAGUNAUUUUAAAAGUAUCCUCCUAGUGCUGCCCUUCCCCUUCACUCUGAGAAGCUUGAAAUAUUGCAGUAAAAGCCAGUUAUCCCAUUCCUACUGUCUCCACCAGGAUGUCAUGAAGUUGGCGUGAUCUGACAACUGAAUUGAUGUCAUCUAUGGCUUUUUUGGAGCGCUCUGCCUUAUGGGAGACUUUAUGCUCAUUGCUGUGUCUUACAUUCUGAUCCUCAAGACUGUGCUGGGAAUUGCCUCC